AAGGAACCGCCGGCACAACUGCUUCCGGCGGUUGGUUAGUUGCACUCUGCAGCCAUUUGCUGCUAUGCUAAACAUAUUAUUUGACAUAUUUAGCGAGUUUAUGCUAAUAAAUCUAACAUAAAAGGUUGUAUUCUUAUUCUUUAGGCUGUCAUAACCAUAUAUUUCGUUUUGUUUGUUCUCGCAUUGCGCAGCGUUAGCCGCCGUAGCUCGACGUUUCAAGGUUACAAACAUGUCAAGACCGAGGUCUAUGUCGCCUCGUUAUAGGAGGUUUCCCUGGGAGGAACCUGACUUUGAUCCCCACAAAGUUAUCGCUGAACUGGAUGGGACUCCUCGGGACAGGGGCCCCCACCCCAGAGAGGGCCCCGAAGACUUUAUGGACCCCUACAGGGAGGAACGGUACCCAGGAGGCCCCAGAAGAUCUCCUUCCCGGGGCGACGCGCCCUUUCGUCACCGGCGACAUCCAGACCACGAAGAGUUUCACCCCUGGAGGCCGUCGCCCCACCACGACACGAUGCGCUCUGAGAACCGCAGGUUUUCCCCACAGGAUGAAGGCUUCAGGGGGGGGUUCAGGGACGACUUUCAGAGGUGUGACGACAGGGGGGGUGCACCCCAGCCGCCGCCGCAGGGAGUCAGAGGAUCGCCGCCGAGGUCGUUUACAGACCACCAACAGAGGAAGGCGGGAAUGGGAUGGAGGAGAGAGGAGCCGGGCAGAUUCAGAGACUUUAGUCCAGGUAUGAGGUCAGGAGACCAGCGAGCUGAAGACCUGGAGAGAGAAGGAAGGUUCCCCCAACACCCGGACAGAGGUAGACAAAGAGAGAACCAGCGUCCUCCUUUUAAAAGACCGCGACGAGAAAUGGAAGCCGCCGAUCAUCCGGGGUACAGGGUUCUGCAGGACUUUGGAGACCGUGGUUUCUCUGCGGACAGACCCAGAGGUGGGUUUAGAGGCCGCAGUCGGGGAACCCUUGUCCGCCAAGACUCGGGACGCUCAGGACCAUUCGGUGCCGAGCGCUAUCACGGUGUAGAAGGUGGCAGGAAUCUGACGCCGCUCGAAAACGUUGAAGAUCGCAGACGUUACGAUGCUAACUUUGACCGGCAGAGGAGUCCCCGCUCAGCGGGCUCCUCCCAGGAACGUUUCAGGACGUCCGCCAGCCGGCCCAUUGACAGGGAGGACUCCAGAGGGGCUCAUUUCCCAGAUGACUCAAGAGACUCCCACUAUCAGGAACCAAGGAGAAGUCCAAACACCGAGAGAUAUGGUAACCCAGGAGCCCCUGCAAACUACCGGGGGAGAGGAAGGGGGAGGUACAACCAGGGUCCAAGAGGACGGGGUGGACUCCAGAGGAAUCAGCCGCGAUACCAAGACGCUCCUCAGGGGGAGCCGAGGCGAGGCUACACGCCCAUCAGGGACGAAUAUAGAGAACCUGCUGAGAAGGUUCCUGCCUGGGAAGACGAAGAAGACUUCCCCCCUCAGUGGACGCACGGCAGAUCCAGGAGUCUGGACCGCAGCCUGCCCAGGGACCACCCGGACCCUAAAGGGCCCGCUCAGAGGAACCGAGGCUGGAACGAUCCGCAAACCGAUAACGUGACGGUGAUAACCGAAGAGACGCUCACCAUCAAGGUGGACAUGAGUCGACCCGUUAACAAGAACAGCCCUCUCUGCUACUCCUCAGACCGCCAGCUGUCUCUGGACCUGGUCAACGUGGGCCGCCAGCGCCUCGACUUCCUGCCGCUGCUGGAGCAUUCUGGGACGUACCGGGAGACGGCCUCGCACAGCGGCACCUUCGCCCAGGAGAUCAUCACCUUGGUGCACUUCGUCAAAGAGCAGUACUUCAGAGGCGACGGGGUCUCCCUCAACGAGCGCUUCUCUGCUCCCCAGAAAGGAGGCCACUCUGGGGAGGAGCUGCAGGAGCUCACGCUGAACCAGAGGUUCAACAGAGGCUUCAGUUUAAACUUGGACUCGCUGCUCGACGACGACGAGGACGAUGAUGAGCCUCUGUUCUUCAGACUGGACUCCAUGCAGGGUAUGAGCAAGCAGCCGCUGCGAGGCCCCGGUGACCUCAGGCACAACCUGGAGAGGAGGAGGCAGGAGAAGCUGGAGGCGGUUAGAGUUACCAUACCGGGCAGCAGCUUCGUCCAGGAGUCAGUCAGCGAGCCGGACCUGACGCCUCCCAUGGACCAUGAAGGGUUCUCAGGCUGGCCUGGGGAGCAGAACAGGAGGCGAGAAGGCAGCAUGGGGAGGGGAUCAAGGAGAGGCGCUUAUAGUCGACCCAACAUGGGUCCACAGCGGAGGAAUCAUCCGUAUGGAAACCAGAGACACAACAUGCACAGCAACGCUGCAGGUCCAAACUGGUGAGGAGGUUCUGAGGAGCUGCUGCGUCUCAGGACGGGUCAGACGGUACCGGCCCGUCGCCCCGGUGGCACCAGCGGGUCGCACCGGGCUCCAGCUUUACUUUGUUUUACCGUUAAAGAGGUUAAAUUUGCUGUAGCUGGAAGACGUCUGCUGCAGAACAAAGGUUAACAUGUGCAGUAAUGUCCUUUUAAAAGGUGGUUUCUAAUAAAACAUGUUAUAAAACUGGGAA